GUGAAUAAGAAACUGCGCUCAUGAGAGGCAGCCAUGUGGGAAGCAAACAAAGAGCUGAUAUUGAUUUGAGAGCUCCUUUUCCCUCUCUUUAAAGAGAGCAGCACUUAGAAAGAGAGAAUAGAGAAAGAAAGAUAGAAAGAAAGCAAAGAAAAGAAGAGAAGAGAAUGGUAUCUAGGGAGCAGAAAAGAGCGGCAGUAUUGCAUGAGAAGUUGCAACUUCUUCGUUCAAUCACUAAAUCUCAUGCUAUUAGUGAAACCUCAAUCAUAGUAGAUGCGUCAAAGUAUAUUCAAGAACUGAAACACAAAGUGGAAAGGCUGAAUCAUGACAUUACUACUACUACUACUCCUGCUCAAAGUUCCACCAACAAGACUUCUUCCUGGCCUCAAGUUGAAGUGGAAACCCUAGAAAAAGGUUUCUUGGUAAAUGUAUAUUCAGAAAGAAGUUGCCCUGGCUUGCUUGUUUCUAUAUUAGAAGUUGUUGAGGAGCUUGGCCUUAACGUGCUCGAAGCUAGGGUUUCUUGCACUGACACCUUUCGUUUAGAAGCUUUUAGCGGAGAGAAUGAGGAGAAUGAAGAAACCAUCAAUGCCCAAGUUGUGACAGAAGCAGUUUUUGAAGCUAUUAAAAACUGGAGGGAAAGCAACGAGCAAGACUAAUUAAUCAAUCAAUUAAUGUAGCUAUUAAUUACUACUAUCUCUCUUUCGUUUUUUCUGAUCUUUAAGUUUAACUUUCCCCUAAUAUUCCUUGCUAUGAUAGUUAUAUAAUCCGGAAUUAUGGCUAGUCCAUUAAUUCAAUAAUAUUAUUGAUGAUCAAAGAUCAUUCAUUUUGCCCAGUCAAAUGACUCUCAUAGAUACUUGAGAGAUUUUAUUUUCACGUAACUUGUAACAAUCUGGAAAAAAGAAAACAACCGUACUCUUAUUUAUUAUGUACAAUCUAAAGUUU